CUUUUGAGUCCAAGUUACAAAGCAAAAAUGGCAUCCAACCAUCAGACUGGCGUACUUGAAGAUAACAUGGCCAUGUGGGAAAGAGGAGGGAAGAAGGGGUUAACACUCAACACCAGAGCAAUCAACAUAAUAUGGGGUGGAGAUGGCAGCAAUGGAAAGUACUGGAAAAGAAAUAUAGAUGAUUCUUCUGAGUUUGUCGAGCUAUUGGGAGUCUACUGGCUAGAAGUCACAGGGAAGGUUCCACUCCAUCUGCUCAGCCCAAGCACAAAAUACUGCUUAUUCUUUAACCUUAAGCUGAUAUCAACUGCUUCUGGUUGGGAUACCUAUCCAGUAAUCUUGAAGCUCCAUUUGCUAGGAAAUAGAAUAGCAUCUAAAGAAGUUAAACUUUCAGAACAUAUGGAUAAAGGGUGGGUAGAUGUUCCUGAUGGAGGACUAGAGUUCUUGGUGCCCCAAGACACUUCAGGAAAGCUAACAUUUGCUUUGUAUGAGAUUGAGUGUGAGGAAUGGAAGAAAGGUCUGAUCAUUAGGGAGGUGAAAUUAGUGCCGGAUACUACUAGUAACAUUACCGUCUAGGCAACCAUAUUUUUCCAGAUGAUAUAUGAGCAAGCAUGUAUCUUCAGUUCAACCCUUCCAGUCCUGAAAAGUUGAAGUGGAAGACAUUUCUUCUGCAGUGACAGGCUUGUGCAACUGUAUCCAUAAAAAUAU